AUGGAAAGGGCGGCGGGUGAAAAGCCUGCCUCGAAAAAUGGAAGUGGCGACGGCGAACAUCAUCAGCCGAAGACGAUCGAGGACAUCCCCGGAGAUGUGAUUCUGAAAGUUUGCACAAACUUGGACAGGUAUAAAAGGAAAGAAAGCUUUGAGGGCACUGAAACUGGUUCUAUAGAAGAAGCGCGUGUUCUUUCUCUCGGACUUCCCGUCAGAAGUACUUCCAAAUCGCAGGAAACGCCAAUUACCUCAAGAUCAAGCUGCCGCCCACCAUCGAAAGUCUUCAAGUUUCGCACCAGAGUCCGAGAUCUGAGACGGUUCGUUUCCACCGUUCUACCUCAAAGUUAGCCUUUUUACAGCUGUCCGGGCUCAUUUUCAAGUGCUCUUUGGCAGCUUCUUCCGGACUCAAGCGAAUCGACUUCCACUUUUUCGAAGAAGCCUUGAUGUUCGGAAAUGAGACGUACGCUUUCGUCAAAGAGAACUUCAACAAAAUCGGCGACUACGUCGAUUACAAGGCAUAUAUUUUGGCUCCAGCUUAUCGACCAGAAUAGUUUGAAGGUUUACGAACAGCUGACUCAAGGCAUCUCCACGAGAUACGUCUACUGCUCGGACGUCCGCACGACUGUCAUCCGAUGUUUCCAGAACUCUUUCGGCGGCAGUAUGCGCCUCAAGUGCGCUAUUUUCGAAAAAGUUUGUUUUCGAAUAUGUUCUAUCAAGGGAGGUUGAAAUAGUCAGUCUUUGAGAAAUCGCUGGAAAUUCACGAGGUUUUCUUUGAAGCGCUCUGAUUCAAAUCAAGUUACGCUUCCAUUUUAGGUGAAAAAAGUUUUUUGGAACCUUUGAAAAUCCAUAAAUCGAUUCAGCUACAAAAAAUGUUUUAUUUGGAGAAGAUUGACAAAGGCGCUCUGAUUUAUUUCGCCCUUUCAUCCAGGCUUGUGCUAGGUCCAGGCCCGAUCGAGUGACCAAGCGAAAAUGGCCGGGGCGACCCCAAAAAACUCAAGUUUUCUUCGAGUAGAGUAUCAAGCUUUUUUACGACAAAAUCUCGUUUUUAUAUUUGUCUCACUUGAUUUUCAUUAGAAACUAUGACUUUCCAAGUAAAAAGAAUUUUUCGGUGAAAUUUUUAGAAUUUUCCGAGCCCGCACAGGCUUUUUCUAAAAAAUGUGGCCCAAAGGCCCGCUCCGCCCAGCCUGACACAAGCCUGAUCUCAUCGAAAUACGACCCAAUUCGGUUCAGAUGACCGUGACGGCCCUGUUGAUGAAGGAUAUUACGGUCAUUUUCGAAGCAAUGUUCCUCACCGCCGGAUUCGUGAAAUUCCACGAGUGCACCAUCAACCUUCUUGUUCGCGAAAAAAAAGCUUCACAAAUUUUCAAAAAAAAAAACUUUUCAGGUUUACUACGACGAGUUUUUCCAGAGAAUCGGACCGAUGAGCUUCGAAAUCAACAAAUGCGAUUUCACGGGCUACCGUACAUUCUUCUCUCCCGAGUUCUUCGACGAUUACAUGGUACCAUGAUUCUCGGAAAUUGGUUUUCAAAUAUUGAUUUUUUCUUCAGAAGAACACCGUCCGCAACUUCAAGUUCACAUACAAUCACAACCAACAUCGGCGACGUGUUUUCGGUUUUGAUACGUCGUCACUCCGGGAACACGUCUUCCUUUUCGACGAGAAGCUUUUGUUCGACACGAAAAGCCUCGAAAACCUCCAGAUUUGCGCCUUCAGCCUGGACUCUCUCACGAUGCUCAACGCGCUCAUGAAGGUACGAGAGCAGAAAAAUUUCUUCAACUUUUCUCAGGGGUCUUGUCUUGUCGGUAAAAACCCUCUUUGAUUCUUCAAAAAUUAGUUGUCUUUUUGACUCUUUGGCGGUUAUUUGGUAUUUCACGGAUUUAAUUUGAACGAGCCAUUAUACCCCAUUUCACACCAGCUUAUUUAUUUAUUUAUUUUUUUCGCAAAAAAAGACUGUAUAAUUAAAUUGACGAAACUUUUUCUCCAAGACCUUUUUCCGGUGUUUUUGAAUUUUAGUAAAAACAAAAGUUUGUAUUUACGGUAUCUUUUUUUGCUGUGACUUUGAGGCUUGCCGGUUUCGUUUCACUUUUUGGUAGAAAAAAAUAGCGUUCAAUUUUUUUUCAAAUAUUUUUUUCCUAGAAUCUUUUUGCUUGUUCGAAAAAAAUGAUGAACCUCAGGAAGUAAUAAUCACGCGAAAAUUUUUCUGCUUUUUCUGACAAGUAGUCUAGGGAGUGCUCUGAAAAGGGGGUUAGUUUUCCAUUUUCUGUGAGAUUUUUCAAACGGUCAGAAAAAUUAUCCAUUUAAUAGACAAUAUCAAUAGUAAAGUCUUUUGGCCAACUUUCACGACCAGGCUGAUUUCCCUUCGCUUAUUUUUUUCACCAAAAAGGUACAACUUGUAGAAACUCGUGCAGGCGAGAAGGAAGGUUCCGUACAAGAUGGAAUUCUGUUUGCGGAAGCUGUACAAGGGCAAGAAGGGCCACGAGGACGACAUCCGCGAGAUGCUCUUCAAGGAUGUCCCAAAUAUGUACUACCGCAAGUCCAUCAGCAAGGUUCGAAACGGAGAGUUGCAUUAGUGAAGGGAACUUUUGAGGUUCCCGUCUCGGAAAACGACGAGUUCUUUGUGAGCGUGAGCAAGUGCGGCAGAGCCGUCUGCAUCUUUCCGGAUUACGACGCCAUCUCGAAAGAUCUGGAAGAUAUUCUCGAAUAA